AUGAGACCCGACAGCAGACUCAAACUGAAAUCAGAAUGCUUCGCCAUCAACAGGUUGCAGCUGUUGGAAUACGAAUAUCACACUGCACUCGACGACCUGAAAAAAGAUGAAAUAUCCUUCAGUAUUCUCUCCGACGUCUGCCUGCCGGUGUCGCUAUUGAUCCUCAUAGUGGUGUGGGGUUACCAGUUGAACGCCAUGACCAUAGAUACCUACAGCGGAGACAACCACACGAUGUUACUCGUCUAUGGCAUCGGACUCAUUGUGGUCUCGGGCACGGCAUGCGUUUACAUCGCCAUACGAAUGGCGGUCAUGCGACCAGAAAUCGAGGUGACCACUUUUCUCCAAGGAGAGAACUCCGUCGGCAACACUACACCAUCCGAUAUCAAAAUGACUUACUACACGACUAGGUGCACUCCCACGGUCCGCCCGGCAGCCGAUUUCGACGCCGAAGCUGACGCCGCCGUACUUAGGGCAGCCAUGAAAGGAUUCGGUACGGACGAGCAGGCCAUCAUCGACGUGCUGGCAAGACGGUCCAACACUCAGAGACAGGAGAUCAAAGAAGCUUUCAAGACACUCUACGGAAAGGAUUUAAUCGACGAUCUGAAGAGCGAACUCGGUGGGAACUUCGAGAACGCCAUCGUCGCUCUGAUGACCCCACUUCCGGAGUUCUAUGCCAAGGAAUUAAAAGACGCCAUCAGUGGCGUAGGCACUGACGAAGAGGCCAUUGCCGAAAUUUUGGGCACUCUCAGCAACUUCGGAGUCCGAACCAUUUCCUCUGUCUACGAAAAACAAUACGGAAACUCGUUGGAAGACGAUUUGAAAUCCGACACUUCGGGAUCUUUCCAGAGAUUGCUGGUUUCUUUGUGCUGUGCUAAUCGCGACGAAGACGUGGAAGUCGAUCGCAGCGCCGCAGUCGCAGACGCCCAGGCUCUAAUCGACGCAGGUGAAGCUCAAUGGGGCACUGACGAGUCGACUUUCAAUUCGAUUUUGGCCACUCGCUCCUAUCCACAGCUGAGAGCCAUUUUCGAAGAGUAUGAGAACCUCACUGGCAAGGACAUCGUAGAGACCAUCAAGAACGAAACUUCCGGAGCUCUGGAACACGGCUUUUUGACCAUCGUGAAAAGUGCCAAGAAGAAGAGCGACUACUACGCCGACCAGUUGGAAGCUUCGAUGGCGGGCUUCGGCACCAGCGACCGUCAGCUGAUCAGGAUCAUCGUGGGCAGAUCUGAAAUCGAUUUGGGAGACAUCAAACAGUCCUACGAGACCAUUUACGGUACUCCGUUGGCCGACAGAAUCGCCGGCGACACCUCUGGGGAUUACAAGCGUCUGUUAUUGGCUCUCGUGCAAUAA